AAUAGCCGGCUGUUGCCACUUUUGUGUGUGUGGGUGUAGGGGUGUGUGUGUGUGUGUGUGUAUUUGUGAAUGUGUAAAAAUGCAGACACGAUAAAGGAACAAAUGAGGGAGGGCGCACAUUUCGUGAGGAUUUGAAGGGAGAGAUGUACCGUGGGUUCUUCCCUCUCCCACCUUUUUCCCCUGUCACUCUCAUUGAGCGCUAAGUGAGACACACCAUCUUCUUCCCCGAUUCUCCACAGAACGUGGGCUUUUUUUAGGCUGCGGGAAGAGCUCGUUCAAUAAUAAUAUUUGAGAUUUUUCACAACAGGGAUAAAAAGAAAAGAAAGUGAGCGUUUUUUGCAAAAAGUGAAGAGGCACACAAGGAAUUCUGUCUAAUUUGAAAAGGUUUACCUGCAUGGACAUGGACAUCUUUAUGAAUAAGGACUUUGGUUUGACUGGAAACGUUACUCAAGCAACAGGAGGACCAGAAGGCAACAAAGGCCAAGGACUCAAUCACAGUGACCCACUGGACAUGUUUGUUGGGAUGGAGCUUCUUCAACGGUUCAAACCUCUUUUUUUGCCUCUCUACUGCCUCGUGGUGGUUGUGGCAGGUGUUGGAAACUCAUUUUUGUUGGCCUGCAUUUUGGCAGACAAAAAGCUCCACAAUGCCACCAACUUCUUCAUUGGUAAUUUAGCGGCUGGCGACCUGCUGAUGUGUUUAAGUUGUGUCCCACUGACUGUGUCUUACGCCUUCGACAGCCAUGGCUGGGCUUUCGGACAACCUCUCUGCCACUUGGUGCCCUUGCUGCAGUGUGCCACAGUGUUUGCCUCGGUGCUUUCACUCACAGCCAUUGCUGUUGAUCGCUACAUUGUUGUAGCUCACCCAGUAAGGAAAAGAAUUUCUGUCUGGGGCUGUGGUGCAGUGACUCUGGGUGUCUGGCUUUUGUCUCUUGCCUUGGCUGCACCUCCGUCUUUUUACACUCGCUAUCUGGACCUUCGUCCCAGUGGGAUCGACUUGGUGGUGUGUGAGGAAUUCUGGCCCGACAGCGGCAAUCUGCGGUUGUUAUACUCCUGCUUCAUCCUUGCAACCUCCUACAUGAUCCCGCUGCUGUCCGUCAGCAUCUCCUACUGCGCCAUCACUGUUAGCCUUAAGCGCUAUUCAGUGCCUGGGGAGGCAUCCAGCAGUCAACAGCGCUGGAGUCAAAGAAGAAAAAAGACCUUUACUCUGUUGGUGGCCUCAGUGCUAGCAUUUGCACUGUGCUGGCUGCCUCUUCAGGUGCUGAACCUUUUGCUGGACUUGGACCCAGAGUUCCUUAUCAUUGGGAAACGCUACAUAAACGUCCUGCAAGUUUGCUGCCAUUUAGUGGCUAUGAGCUCUGCGUGUUACAACCCUUUCAUCUACGCCUCUCUGCACAGCAAGGUGCGCAUGCAUCUGAAAGGCUACCUCUGUCCUUGCCGCAGUCGUCGAGGGGAAAUGGUUGAGCGCGCGCCGUCCAGGAGCGGAGUGUUUGAGGCGACUUCAGUAACAGCUCCUGUCAUGCAAAGCCACAUGAUACAUCCUAACAUUUAAAUUGACGUUCAGAAAUAUGAGAAAAUGCCAAACACAGGCUAAGUGUUCGUUUAAACCAUUUUCCCUCAUGGCUUUUCAGCUUUUUUAUUAACCUCAAGACAUUUAGUCCUGUUUUGUGUCUCACCACAGAUACCACAAACAGGCAAUGAUUUAUACCAGGGUGUAUGAUGCCAAGCUUGAUGAUGACGUACAAGACAGCUUAAGCCAUCCUUUUGGAUAUCUGUGUUUUUCUUGAAUAGCAAAGCUUGUGGCCUCGACAUUCAGCUGACUGAAGUUUUAGAAAGCUCAGCAGAGGCAUAAACCAGCCCUGAGGCUGGAGACACACGCUGAAGACUGAGGCUCAGACUAGUGACAAUGGAUAAAAGCACUUCAGAAAGCAGGCUGAACAAUGAAUCCUUCACACCAGAUAUGGAGUACAAGCCAAGAAGAGGAAAAGUGCAAAUGAAGUAUAUUUCUUUUAUUAUACACAUGGCAAAUGUGUAUUUUUUCUUUCUUUUGUUUCUGCCUCGCUUGCCUUAUAAAUCACCUUGAUUUAGUGAUGAAAUGUGCAUUAACUGGCUUAUUUUUUUUAUUUAUAUAGUGUGCUAUUUUAUUUAGAUGCUUUUACUUCACAGUGACAUCUUUUCAAUUUAGAAAUGUUUGUUUUUGUAAAUAGUGUACAUUUUCAGGUUAUGAGGGAAAUGGAAAAAAACCACAAAAAUCCAAAUGAUUGCAAUGCCAGUGUUCGAAAUGUCAGAUUCAUAAAGAGUUGAUAAACAGUCAUUUGGAUGUGUCUGGAGAAGCUAAAUUCAUUUAAUACUUAUCUUAAUAUUCAGAGCAUAACCAGAACAGUCACUCAUAAGCAUCUCUGCUGUGACACCACUCUUACUGAGCUAUUGUCAAGCAUGAUCAAUGGUUUCAAAGCACCUAUGGCAAAUCAUUUUUAAACCAGAAAAAUAAGUUAUUACGAUUACUUGACUUCAGUUUUUUGAUUUUUUUUACACAAAAAUAAAAGAGUAGAAUAAUCUAAGAGUGAAAGGGGUUUUACCAAAAUAUUACAAGAAUAUCUAGUCUGCUUGUCCAACAGUAAUCCCAAAACACAUGAACUAUUUGGUGAAGGUACCUGUAGGAGCAGAAACACCCAGCACAGCAUAAAGGCAUUAACAGCUCCCAUCGACAGCGGCGCAAACGCCAGCUCUUACAUUUUAACAAUCAUAUUACCGUGCUGCGUGUUGCCCGACAGCGGAGUCCUCUUAUUGAUUUAUAGGAAUAUAUUCUUCGGUGAAUUCCUUGUCAAGAUCCACCUCUAACAAAGAGUGAUUUUAAUCUAGUGAUUUUAACUUGGUUCUGACGCGGUUGGAGACUUGUGGCCUAGAUUUGCUAAUAAAAAUGUUAAUUAUAGUUGGGGCUGUCUCCUAAUGUUCUUUCCAUGCCUAUUUCCUGGUAACCUGAGAAAAUAAAUAUUUGUUUAGUAUUGUUAGAAAGUGUUUCAAUAAAAUGGAGGAAGGAGAAGAAGAAGAUCAAACUUUCAUAGAAGUCAGUUGAUGUAAUAGGGGUGGAGAGGGAAGUAAAAAUAAACAGUAAAUUUUCCAUUGUGGUUGUCCCUCUGUGCCAUUCAUUGCUGAUUUUUCUAAAGAAGAUGAAUCAUAAAUAAAUGGCGGUAAACAUUUCAGGAUCAGCAAUAAAAUUAAAAUAAACUGUAAAUUUUCCAUUGUGGUUGUCCCUCUGUGACAUUCAUUGCGGAUUUUUCUAAAGAAGAUCCUUUGCAGAUUUAUGAAUCAUAAAUAAAUAUCGAUGAGCAUUUCAGGAUCUGCAAUCUUCUGUAAUGAUAUGAAACUCUUUGUGGCAACAUUUAGCAAAUCAUUUCAAGUAAUUACUUAUUCAUCAUAAAUAUUAACUCCCUUCCCAAGGAAAGUGACAUUCAGUAAUCUGCAAACGUAUUCAAAUCUCUUGACCUUUUGUGCAUUUUGUCAUGUUAUAACUACCAACCUAUUCCAACAAAACAUGGAUACCGAAGGAAACGGAUACAGUAUAUUCUCUUUAACAAAUAAACAUCUAAAAAUUGUGGCAUCCAUUUAUAUUCAGCCCCCUUUACUCUGAUACUCCUAAAUAAAACAGCGCAACCAAUUGCCUUCACAAGCCAAGCCAACUGCAAUGUAAAUGUCAUUUUCCAUAAAUACAACUGUUUUAUGGGGUACCAUAAAGCACUGUGGAACAAGCAACACCAAAUAGUUCAAAGAUAAUGUUUUGGAGAAGUUUUGAGUGGCGUGCGAGCCAAGCUGUGGUAUAUGUACCAGAGAAACUAACAAUAUAGAAAGCCAGAAACUAGAAUUACCAUUAGCAUUAAUUAUCUAGCAAACAAUAAGCAUGCCGGGGCCUUUAAAGCAGGUAAGUUGAUGAGGAAGUGACUCUCGGGUAUUGUGGCAGCAGCCUGCUAAGAAACAACACUCAUGCAGCCCAGGUGCAUCAGGUGAAUGACAGAGCUGAGGAGGAAGACAACAUCAAGCAGACAACAACCAACACCUGCGCACAUCUUCUAGACGUGUAUCCUAAAAGACGUGCAGCUGUAAUUCCAUAGCAUUAACUUUGGAGUGCUGAAUACCAAUGCAUGCAGCACCUUUAUUGUUUGUAGUUGCAAAGAAAUGCUGAAAACUGUGUAUAGUUAACCUUCGCUUCACAACUAUGCUACGCUAUAUGUUGUUCUAACACAUACAAUUCUAGUGAAAUACAUUAAACUUUGUGAAUGUAACAUUAUUUUCUGUAAAGAAGUUAGAGAGAAAUUAAUAAUGAUUAAAAAAAAUAAAGAAACACAUUGUGGCACUGAAAUUAAUUAAAGCUGCAUGAACUUUCCCUCCAUCUGUCAAGAGGUCCAGAUCUGGAAAAACUACAUCUCACAUAUCAGAAUCCACUUUAAAAGGUUUAUUUUUCAGUUAAUGACCUGGUAAUGUGUUGCACAUGUCCAUAACUCAAAUUCCCCCCUGUCAAAAACAAAAUACUUCAGAUGCACACCUGCUGACAUCUAAAACUGAAAGUCAAAAGCACAUCAGUAGAAAACAAUACACAAUCUGAGGUAUGCACUGGAACAUAGAAAUCUAUGUGCUUUAAGAUUUUUCUACCAUGACAUGCCAUCAGAAACCACUCAGUGGUUGUCUGGACAUUUUUUCACAGUCGCCAUUACUUUGCAGUUCUCUGGAACAUAGCUGUCUUGCAACACAGCAGAUGUUACAGACUGAAGACGUUUUGCGUGUACUAAAGACACACAAAACUUGUUUUGCUUGCUUAGCUUUGUGUGUACUUUGUGUUAUUAGUUUCACAAAGCACAGAGUAAAAUUCUUAGAAGGAGCUCUAUGACUUUUAAUCUUCUCUAUGAGUCACAACAGAGCAGGCAGGUAAAAAGCAUAUGGGUCAGACGUUGCUUCACAAACUCUUGACUAAGACUAGGCUUAUGAACUUCUGCACAGACACAGGAAAAUGGGUGGACCACUGCUCCUUCACUGGAAUUAACAAAUCACAAACAUGCAAAAAAUUACUCAGUUCUGCCAGUAAUGCAAACACAAAGCAGGAAUAGACAAGACAGAACAGUGAGGGGGAGGAAGAGACGGCGAUGAAGGGUGGAGGUGGCCAAGCCAAGGUAACUGGGUGCUUUCAGUUUGGUUAAGACUGAUAUGAGUCUAAUGUUUUCUUUCAUUUUUGACAUGCUCCACAUUUACUAGUUCCCACACACACUGUCUUUUUAAACAUAAUCCAAGUCCAGCAUAGACGCGUAAUUAUUUUUGUCAAACAUGAAACAUGAUGUUUUCAUGUAUUUUUUCAAACACGAAAAAAUACAUUUUGCAUUAAAAUACCAAUAACACUGCGUAGCUUUUUUCUAUUAUCAAUUAUGAAAUUUAAUGUUUACGUAAUAAUAGGUAUGUUUCAUCAAGAUUUGUUUUGCCAAGACUUUGUAUUUAGGAUGUGAAGCUAUUGUUUCUUUUAUUUUCAUUACCUCUAUGAUGAUAAUCAUUAUUAUUAUUAUUAUUAAUGUUUGUUAUUUAAAAAAUUCAUUAUUAAUAAUAAUAAGUAAUUAUGUGUAGCCACUCUCCCACUAUAGAGUUAAAGGUUAGCUAUGUUUUCCUGUCUUAUGAAGUUUGAUAUGAAAGUGCAAAUUGAAUUUGAAUGAGCGCUCAGUGUCAGCAAACAUGAGCUUAUCACCCAAAGCAUUAGGCAUUAAAACAUUCAUUAAACUGUCAACAUUCACUUUGUGAAGUGAAUUAAAAUGUCGACAGUUUAAUUCUGCAUUACACAAUGCUUGUUUGUUUAAAAAACUAACAAACAAACAUCUUACUCAGCACAUUUAAAGCCAAACUAUGACUUGGUGCAUGUAAAAUACACUGUCUCUCCUACUUUCACAGUUUGUUACAAGCUGAUAAUACUUUAACACUACACUACUCACAGUGAACUGUUGAGUUCAUUUAAAUUUACAACCUACUCACAUCCUCCUGUUGUUUUAGCAGAAGUUGUUUUACAGAAACUCUGCAGGUUCCUAAAAUUUAAAUUUCAUAACAAUAAACUAGAUAUUUUGUAAAUUCCUUCAUUUAGUGAACAUGUUUGGGAAAGGAGCUUAAGAAAUUUUGACAAAACUGGACAACAUUAAUAUGUUUGCAUUUAAAAACUAAACAUUAAGUUUAACCAAAAAAAAAGUAAAUACGUUUUUAAAAGGCUUUACAGAUUUGGCUAAAUACUGAAACUGCUCAAAUGUAAUGUUGAAAUAUGCAAACAAGCAAGUUAAUGAAGAAAUAAAUGAGCUACAAAGCUCAUUUAUAAUGAACGAACUGUUCAUUUAGUAGGGCUGCGUAGCAGUGAUAGUUCAUGGAUUAUUAGCAAAAGGACUCAAAAUUAUGUUUAGGAACGUUGAGCUGAAAUUAGAAGAGCGGGUCCCCCGAGAAACGUUUUUUAGAUCCUCUACUGGGGUUUAUGGUAAAAAAAAAAAUCUCUCUUCCCUAUCUUCUUAUCGUAAAGUAUAUCUUGAAGUCAUCCUUGCUGUUUGUAAUGCAAUAUCUGUAACAGCUGCAGCUUCAAGUUAACUGCGGGUAAGCAAUAAAGAAUGACUUCAUUCUGCUUUUCUCAAUAGAUACAAUCUUUGUGAUGCUGGGAGUCACAGUCGUCUUAGGUUUCUCAGGGGGAAUGCUUCCGAACACAUCCAAAUGCUAAAUGUGUAUAAUACGUAUUAAAAUCAUCUCUAUCCUGUGUCCAGAGGGGCACAUCAGGUUUUCAUUAUGCAAAGGUUGUUGAAACCAGACCUCUAUGCAUAAAAGCUCGCAGUGGUUAAUGUUUGAUUCAAGAUCUAUAAAAGAUUACUGUUAAACAGUACACACACUUUUUUUAAAAAGCACAAUUGCAAUUUAACACAAGGAAUAAGAAGAGUUAUUGUUCUUUGGAAAAACUUAUAAAUGUUUGUAAACAUGAUCACAUGGUGUUAAAAUCAGAAAAUGGAGUUACACCAAUGACUUCAACAUGAUUUUAACUUUGACUUUAGGUCAAAGU